AUAAUGUCAGACACUGAGUCAGAUUCUGAUCUGCAGGAGCUUUUAUGCGCUCCGGGAGUGUACAAAGAAAUCAAAUUUCCUAAGUCGUCGAUUAAUAACAAGCCCUUACUGAAGAAUGUUCUGCGGCAGAUAAGCAAAUCAUUCCCUUGGAUUGAACGCCUCGAUAUUGUGACGGAACCGGCUUUGCCUCCGAAGGAUACAGAUCUUGAAAACGAUUUCAAUAAGAUCGAUCCUAAUGACGAUUUCAAGCGGGAGGCGCUCUUCUAUCGUGUCGCUCAGGCUGCCGUAUUGAAGGCAAUUCCUCGUCUACAUGAGCUUGGAAUUCCAACAAAGAGGCCAAGUGACUAUUUUGCAGAGAUGAUUAAAUCAGACGCCCAUAUGGCCAAGGUUGUGCGAGAACAGAUUGUGGUGAACAAGAAGCGUUUGGAAAUGCGAGAGAGGGCAAGACAGCUUCGUGAACAGCGCAAAUUCGGUAAACAACAGCAGAAGGAGAUUUUAGAAGCACGGCGUUUAGAGAAGAAGAAGCACAUGGAGGCUCUCAAAGCUGCUAAAAAGCGGCCGGGUGGCAAAGAGCAGGCGCAGGUGUUGGAGGAACUUUUGCAGAGUGGCUCAAAGCAAUCAAAGGGCAAACAUUCACAUGAUGGGGGUGGGAAGAACCAGGACCGCAAGUACUUCCGACCUUCGGAAUAUGCCAAACGCCGAAAAAUAAACUAUAGGCGAGCAUACAAGAACCAGAAGUACGGAUUCGGCGGCCAAAAGAAGCGUUCGAAGCGCAACGAUGCCCAAUCAAUUUGCACUACCUCCAACGAUGGAGUGAGUGUUCUCACACACACCGCCUCUGCUUCAAGGAUAAAAUUGUUGAAUAGGCGGAUGCAAAAGACUCGUCGGCUCAAUGCUCAGCGCCAGCGGAAGAGGAUGUCAGCCACUAAAAUCUAG